AUGUCGGAAGACGAAAAAGGUAAAGUUGAUGUCACCGUGAGUUUGAAUAGGCGAAAAGCGAAGCAUAAUUCCGAAGGACUCGUAGAAGGUAAAAUGGCGAAGGCGCAGGAUGAUAAGAAACAACCAGCAAGUCAAAAACUUGCGAAAAAGAAGCCCAAGAAAUUAAAAGUGAAAUUUUCGGAAGAAAGUGUGGAAUACGAUGAACAGAAAAUGAUCGACCAAGAAAUUGACAAGCUUCUUCAAGGUGAUGAACUUGAUGUAAACGAACUAUUUGGAAUUCGUGAUGAACCUAAGGAAAAUUGGGAUACUGCCAGCCCAAGAGAUGACGAAGAUGAACCUUCCAUAGCUAAGCUAGUUGGUCUAGAGAUUAGUGAUGAGAGAAGAACUUCACAAGAGGAAUGUUUAAAAAGUUGGAUGGAAAGGCGACUAAAUGAUGAAAACGCCAAAUAA